AUGGAAGUAGAGGCUCCAGGGCAUGAAAUAUUUGAAGUGAACUUCACUGGAAAAAGUAUUAUCAAAGCUGUGAACCCCUUGCCAGGGCCUCAUAUCCUCACUCUCUCAAACCUUGAUCUUCUUUCAGGCCGCUUUCCUGUAACAUACUUCUACUUCUACAACAAACCUCUUGUCAGUAACCUUACACCGAUUGUUGACAUUCUCAAGAGCUCCCUUGCUGAAACUCUCAAUUACUACUACCCCUUUGCUGGCCGCAUCGUUCAGAACCUGAAUACUUGUGAGCCUGAAAUCAUAUGUGACAAUAAUGGUGCGCUACUUGUAGAAGCUCAAGCCAAUAUCCGUUUGAAGGAAUUAAAUUUUUACAACCUUAAUCAACUUUUGCAGGGGAAGUUGGUUAAACUCAGCCCUGACUUCCCCCUGCAAGUCCAAGUAACACAUUACACUUGUGGAGGCAUUUCAAUAACGUUCACCUUUGACCAUGCACUAGGUGAUGCGAGUGCCUUUGGAAAUUUUCUUAUCUCUUGGUCCAAAAUCACUCAAAAGAAGCAAAUAUCAUGCAUACCAGAUCACCGGAGAAAUCUUCGUGCACGUUCUCCUCCUAGGUAUCAUCCUUCCUUGGACCAAACUUUUGUCAAGUGCACCAUAGAAGAGAUAAUAAAUAUGCCAGCAACCAAAAUCCGGCUUAAGCGCCUUUAUCAUAUUGAUGCAGCAAGCAUUGAGAGGCUACAAAAACUUGCAUGUGUUAAUGGUAAUAAGAGAACAAAGAUUGAGGCUUUCUCAGCUUAUAUUUGGAAGGUUAUGAUUAAUGCAAUUGAUCAAUCCCAUUCAAAGUGCAAGAUGGGCUGGUUAGUUGAUGGACGUUCUAGAAUGUGUGGAGAAGAGAAUUCCAUGUCAAACUACAUAGGCAAUGUCUUGUCUGUGGCUUUUGCAGAGGCAAGUCUCAUAGAACUAAAGCAAGAUUCUAUUUCGGAUAUUGCCAAUAAUGUUCAUGAGGCGAUUUCAAAGGCGACUACUCAGGAUCAUUUCCUGGAUUUGAUAGAUUGGAUAGAGUGCCACAGGCCUGGUUUAAUGCUAUCAAGAAUUGUGUUAGGCCAAGGUGGACCAGCCUUGGUUUUGUCAUCAGGAAGAAGGUUUCCAGUUGCUGAAGUUGAUUUUGGAUUUGGUAGUCCAGUGCUAGGAACAGUCUGCUCCACUAUAGAAAGGAUUGGAGUUGCUUACCUGAACCAAAGGCAAAGUGCUAGGGGUGAUGGCUCAUGGACUAUAUCAGCUAUCUUAUGGCCGGAAUUGGCAGCUGCUUUGGAGUCUGAUUCGAUUUUUCAGCCCAUGUCUGCAAAUCAUCUUCAACUUUAG